GGCUAGGGGAAGGUGCUGCGUGCGCGCCGCUGCAGGAAGCGCCUCCCGGUCCGUCCGGCUCGGGUCCGGCUGGCCAUGGAGUCGUUGCCGAAGCCCUCGUCCCGUCGUCUCCUGCUUCUCCCCGUGCUGCUGCUGUCACUGCCGGCCUCGGAGCUGGGCCUGAGCCAGGCCCGGGCCGAGGAGACCGACUGGGUACGACUACCAAGCAAGUGCGAAGUGUGUAAAUAUGUCGCCGUGGAGCUGAAGUCAGCCUUUGAGGAAACCGGCAAGAAGAAGGAGGUGAUCGACACCGGCUAUGGCAUUCUGGACCGCAAGGCCUCUGGAGUCAAAUAUACCAAGUCGGACUUACGGUUAAUCGAAGUCACUGAGACCAUUUGCAAGCGGCUCCUGGACUACAGCCUGCAUAAGGAGAGGACUGGCAGCAAUCGCUUUGCCAAGGGCAUGUCAGAGACUUUUGAGACGCUGCACAAUCUGGUCCACAAAGGGGUCAAGGUGGUGAUGGACAUCCCCUAUGAGCUGUGGAACGAAACGUCCGCCGAGGUAGCCGACCUCAAGAAGCAGUGCGACGUGCUGGUGGAAGAGUUUGAGGAGGUCAUCGAGGACUGGUACAGGAACCACCAGGAGAAGGACCUGACCGAAUUUCUCUGUGCUAACCACGUGCUGAAGGGCAAGGACACCAGCUGCCUGGCAGAACGGUGGUCCGGCAAGAAAGGCGACACAGCCGCCCUGGGAGGGAAGAAGUCCAAAAAGAAGAGCAGCCGGGCCAAGGCCUCAGGCGGCAGGAGCAGCAGCAGCAAGCAGAGGAAGGAGCUGGGGAGCCUUGAGGGAGACCCGGGCCCUGAGGACGAGGAGGAAGGCAUCCAGAAGGCGUCGCCCCUGCCGCACAGCGCCCCCGAUGAGCUCUGAGCCUGGGUCCCUGAACUGACGCACACGGACCCGAAGCCCAGCAGCUCUGGCCACGAGGGCUCCUCAUCCAGCUUCCCGCGCCCUCGUGUCCCGCGUCGCUGCCCCCUGCGGGCCCAGCACAGACACAGCCCGGAGCUGGGGCAGAAGCCACGCCGCGGGGGCAGCGCUCUGGGCCCGCGCCCGCAGCCGGCCGUGCCGCGGGGGACCUGGAGGACCGCAGCGUGAACGACCCCCACCGCCACCGCCAAGGCUACCGGGACUGCAGCCACUCGGGACCCUCGAGGAGGCCACCCGCCCCCCACGGGAAGCUCGACGGCAGCCCCCCAGCUCCCUCCCUGCACCCCUUCUGUGGACACCUGCUCUGCCAGCGUCUCCCCCCUCCCAGGGCUCACAGAGUAAACCCUUCAGGCCUUUUGGUUUCCAUUCCUGGGCCCUCCUCAGUCUUCAGAGGUGCCCCGAGCCCCCCUAUUGGUCUUUCCAGCCCCCCACCCUCCGGCCUUAGGAGCUGGGGAAGGCAGGGCUGCCCCCACCCGCUCUUUAGAGGCCAGAUUUAACAGGGUAAGUGUUGGGGCGCAGGUGUGGGCCUCAUGUUUGGGAUUGCAGCGUAGGCUGGGCAGGGGCGAGGUGCAGCAGUGCUGACCCUGGCCUUCAGAUGACCCUCCCUGAGCUGCUGCCUCUUCUCCCUACUUCGGGCCCUUGACUGUGUCCUGGGCACCUGGCUGCCCUCCUCUUCCCCUGUCCCCCAAGACCUUGCCAUGUGUUGUGUAAUGCCAGCCCCAGCCCCUCCCUCUCUUACCGGCACCCUGCCUUUCUUGACCCUUGCUCCCUGCUGACCACAUGUGGUCCCUCUGUGCUUCCUGUCCAGCUGGAGCACAGAGGAGAGGAGGCCCGGCCUCCAGCAGCCUUCCGUGACACCCUGUUCUCUGGGUGGGGAGGAUCCAGAGGCUGGCCUCUAGGGAGAAGGGGUGAGGUGCAGAGACCUCCCAGCUAGUCCACAGGGCAGGGGGCAGGCCAGUCCGAAGUGCUUUAACCUUUAGGACACGCGGUGCAGUGGGUCCUGGUUGCGCUGAUUCAUAGAAAGAAGAGCAAGUGGCGCACGGAAUGUGGCCAAGGGCUCAGAAAGCCAUAGCGAGGCUGCAGCGCCCGGCGCGGACAGUGGAAUUCAUAUCAAACUUGUUUAGUUUCUUGGCCUUGACCUGCCACCACUUGGACCCCUUUUUUUUUUUAAUUUGUGUAAGUUUACUUUUUAAAGAAAUGAUACACCACGA